AUAUUAUAUGAUUUUGUCCUUAAAUAUUUCAAAAACGACGUUUAUGUUUUAGAUAAUCACGGAAUAACAUCCUUUUUUAAAUUGUCAUCACGUACAAAAUUAUAUACCAUAUCACCACUUUUCUAACAUUGACCUGUGACAUGUUACCCGACUCGUCCUGUUAAUCUUACAUGGACAGAUAUGUCCUAUCCGUGAUCAGCGUUGCAAAAAUACAAUAACAAGGUGAUAUAUACCGGUGAGUAUUAAUUUAACAUUUCAAAUACCUUUAUAUAAUGUCUUGUAAAUGAACAUGAUAUCGAGACCAUUGUGUAGUGAAGUUCGCAAGCAGUGAUCACUUUUUGUUCAAUUCUUACACUAUUCAAAAGGAUAUAUUACAAAUCUACCUAAACUUCGACGUCCCUGUAAUGAAUAUGGUAUCGUGGUCCAAUAUAGCAGGUCUUUGUAAAGGUAAUGCCCACAAGGGGAUCAUUUUUAGAUUGUUUUUAAGUAACAGAGCUACACACAUUGGAAUUCCGUACCGGUUAUAUUAACGUUUUGAUCACAGCCCUAACUAUACGUCUGGUACUGUAGAGGAACGUGUUUCAAAUAUACAGAACACUCUAAACAUGGCUAAAGUAACACAACAGGAACUUGGUGAGCUGAAAUCUCUAGCUGCUCCUCCGCAGAUCAUUAAAGAUGUACUGGCAGCUGUAAUGAUAUUGAUAGGGGAACCUAAUCCAAGGGAGUAUAAAACAGCUCAAAAAGUAUUAUCGCAGAGAUCAUAUGACAACUCUAUGAUAGAAAGACUUUCGACACUAGAUGUCGGCACUAUCCCUAUGGAGGAAGUUGUGAAAGCACAAGGACUUGUUGACGGAAUAACAAUAGAAAAUGUUCAAAAAGUUAGUUUGGCUGCCUGCGGUAUCUUUUCCUGGUUACAAGAUGUACUAUCCCGUGUGGGGGAGAGGACAGGAAACCUGAAUAAAACCUAGGUGGACCAAAUCGACUGAUGUAUACGUAUACUGUACGGCCAAGGUGGAUUGAUAAAGGGCCUUUACCAAAAUACUGUCAAGUAUCUAAAGGAGAAUGAGGGGCUGCUACCUGGUAUAAAACUUGACUCCUAACAAGCUUUUGUAAAGCUGAACUGAUUCAUCUUGUUCAUCCAGCAUAUACGUCAUCAUUUCAAAUCCAUGAACAUUUGAUUUGCAUACGAGGACAAUUUCACUUCUGAAUAUGCCAAACAUUUCAGCGUUCUGCCCAAGGUAGCCGCUUGUGGCACCUGGUAUUUUUGUCACCACAUAUUUAGAUUUAUUAAUAGCAUUGAAUAAACAACUCGAAAUUUAAUA